UUUUUCUUGAUUCUAAUUCUAAUAUUGUGGGGAGCCUUUAUUCCAUCGAACAUGAACGUCUUGCAAAAAAUUGUUAUCAUAUAUGUGAUCCACCUGGCGUUUCAAAUGGAUAUGCUGUAUAUGAAUUGUGUUUGUAUACUAAAAGCUUGUUUCAAGCAAAUCGACAACAAUCUGGUGAAUUUGCGAGAACUCUUGACGAAUGAUGAGCCAUGCCGUCUGAGCGGCACCUAUACUGCGCAAAGAACUCCUUUCAUACUGCUGGAUAUCACAGCUCUGAAAAAGCAGCAUUUGGCAAUCAAUGGCGCAGUACGGAUGCUAAAUAUGGUCUUCAGUUUGCAACUUGUUUCUACGAUACUUAUGGCUUUCGCUCAUAUCAUCUUCAAUAUGUACUUUUACUUCAUAGUGAUAAUAAAAAAUAGUGUGUCCAUGACCGAUCUACAAAGACAUUCGCUUUACAUGUACUUCAUUAUAUUUAUAACGUAUUACAUUAUUAAAUUAGGAAUGAUACUAUGGGCUUGCGAAACUAGCAAGAAUCAAGCAUUGGAGAUCAAAAGCACAGUUCGCGACGUAUUCAACCACACCAACAAUGAGCAAAUAAAAUACGAGUUGGAACUCUUUUCCUUGCAAGUAUUACAUUGUGAAAAUGUAUUUUCCGCAAAGUGGAUUAUUAUAGAUGCUGCACUCUUUAAAUCGUUAAUAAGUAACAUUACCACGUAUCUACUAAUCUUAGUCCAAUUCCUGUACAUGUCAAAGUCUUGCGUUGAAAAUCUGUUUAGGUAA